CAAUGGCUCUGGCAUCUCCUCGAUAAGCGCCCUGCUCUUAGUGAACUUCGUAGGAAGAACGUCGAGACUCUUCCUUAUGAUGAUCUCAAACGUUUUGUCAAGCUCGACACUCGUGCUAAAAUCAAGGAGAACAACUCCGUCAAGGCCAAGAACUGACUGACACUAUUCCUCUGCUCUUGGGUAAGAUCACGUGUUUCUUCACUCUCUGCUCUGUCCUUAGUUUGUUGAACUAUGCUUUUGCUAAUAAGUAAAAUUCAUUCAGUUAGAUUACAUUUGGGAAAGAGUAUGAUGAUGUUCUUUUUUUGUAAGUUCUCAGACUCUUUAUUUAUUAGAGAGUAUAUCCAAAAGAUUGCUUCUUCUUCUUCUC